ACUUAGUAAACACACACAACACACUCUCCAUCAUCUUCUUCUUCUCCGAUAGGUAACUUUCAGUCCUCACCUCCCAAAAAAAUGUCCAACCCUAAAGUUUUCUUCGACAUGAGCGUCGGAGGCAACCCCGCCGGCCGUAUUGUCAUGGAGCUUUACGCCGAUACCACUCCUCUCACCGCCGAUAACUUCCGUGCUCUCUGCACCGGCGAGAAAGGAGUUGGCAAAAGCGGGAAGCCUCUGCAUUACAAAGGCUCUUCCUUCCACCGUGUGAUCCCUAACUUCAUGUGUCAGGGUGGUGACUUCACAGCUGGAAACGGAACAGGUGGAGAGUCUAUCUAUGGGGCCAAAUUCGCAGAUGAGAAUUUCAUCAAGACACACACCGGUCCUGGAGUUCUUUCGAUGGCGAAUGCGGGUCCAGGGACGAAUGGAUCUCAGUUUUUUAUCUGUACUUCGAAGACGGAGUGGCUUGAUGGGAAGCAUGUGGUUUUUGGUCAGGUGGUUGAAGGAAUGGAGGUGGUGAAGGAGAUUGAGAAAGUCGGGUCUAGCUCCGGGAAGACCUCGAAGCCGGUGGUUAUCGCAGAUUGCGGCCAACUCUGAGCUUAUAAAACAUAAACAUGCAGCAUGAUGAUGUUUCAGCCAUAGUUAUUAUUAUCUGUUUUUGUUUUCGUUUGUUUGAUUUCAGAAUGUUUUUCUUUUGUGUUACUGUUAGUGUUUGUUCUACUACUACUAUCUUUGGUGAACUAUAAUUAACUUGGUUGAAACUUAAUGCUUUAAUUUAAAAAUUUAAAUAAUAGAUAAUUCUUCCUCUUUC